CACGGCAAAGUACUUUGAUCAGAGGCUUCCUGCGGCUAAGCUGCUAGCUUGGCUCAUAAGAAGCUAGCUCUCCGGUUUGUUGUGGGUGCGGACAGUCAGGCUGUGACAGAGACAGUUGACUGGAGUCCGUUCGUCUGUCCAGGACUUGAAACUUGUAGGGGACUAUGAGGCUGAAGGAGAUCCAGAGGACUGCCCACCAGGCGUGGAGUCCAGCCCAGCACCAUCCCAUCCACCUGGCCUUAGGGACAUCAGCGCAACAGCUCGAUGCCUCUUUCAACACCACAGCUGCCCUGGAGAUAUUUGAGGUGGAUUUCUCUGACCCAACUCUGGACAUGCAGCUCAAAGGGUCAUUACCCACCACGAACAGGUUGCACAGCAUCGUAUGGGUGAAUUUUGGAAUGGGAGCAGAUGGCACUGGAGGGAGACUGGUCGGUGGCAGUGAAAAUGGCACAUUAACUGUAUAUAACCCCGAGGUCAUAAUGAACUCCGGAGCAGACGCAGUUGUGGGACAGUCUAACAAACACACAGGACCGGUCCGAGCACUUGAUUUCAACCCUUUUCAGAGUAAUCUCCUCGCAUCAGGAGCAAAUGACUCAGAGAUAUAUAUCUGGGAUCUGAACAACUUCAGCAGUCCAAUGACACCAGGAGCAAAGACGCAGCCUGCUGAAGACAUCAGCGUCGUGUCCUGGAACAGGCAGGUCCAGCACAUCCUGGCCUCUGCCAACCCCAGUGGGAAAGCAGUCGUGUGGGACCUGAGAAAGAACGAGCCCAUCAUCAAAAUCAGUGACCACAGCAACAGGAUGCACUGUUCAGGAAUGCUCUGGCACCCUGAUGUGGCCACUCAGCUGGUGUUAGCCUCUGAAGAUGACCGACUGCCAGUCAUCCAGAUGUGGGACCUUCGAUUUGCCACAUCGCCCCUUAAGGUCCUUGAGAACCACACAAGGGGAAUUCUGUCCAUAUCCUGGAGCCAGGCUGACUCUGAGCUCCUCCUGAGUAGUGCUAAAGACAACAGGAUCCUCUGCUGGAAUCCAAACACUGGAGAGGUGAUUUACGAGCUUCCAACAACAAACCAGUGGUGCUUUGACGUCCAGUGGUGCCCCAGGAAUCCAGCCCUGCUUUCAACCGCCUCAUUUGAUGGGAGAAUCACUGUGUACUCUGUGAUGGGAGGGAGUUUAAAGUCUCAGCAGCAAAGCACAGCUGAUAAGAUAUCCUCCUCGUUUGAUUCAAUGGAUCCCUUUGGUACAGGGCAGGUGCUGCCUCCCCUGCAGGUCCCCCAGCCUACAUCACAGGACACCAUAAUUCCUCCUCUGAAGAAGCCACCUAAGUGGGUGCGCAGGCCAGUGGGGGCUUCCUUUGCUUUUGGUGGGAAGCUGAUAACCUUUGAGAAUCCCAAGCUGCCCCCAGUGCAGAGCCCCCAGCCUGUCCCCAGACAAGUGUUUGUGAGCCAGGUUUCCACGGAGACAGAGUUCCUCCAGCGCUCCAGGGAGCUGCAGGCGGCGCUGCAGUCGGGCUCCUUCAACAACUACUGCCAGGCCAAGAUUCAGGGCGCCAAGUCGGACGCUGAGCAGGACAUAUGGAAGUUCCUUCUGGUAAAUUUUGAAGAUGAAGCCCGCGUUAAGUUCCUCAGACUUUUGGGUUUCAGCAAAGAUGAAUUAGAAAAAAAGAUUUCAAAAUGCCUGGGGAAGAGUUUCCAGCCCAACGGACACGGAGUCGAUGCCAAAGAUCUGGCAGAAAAGAUGCAGCGGCUCUCCACUGAGAGAUCUGAUGUAGCAACUGCAGUAGGUGAUGCAAGGACCUCUGGUUCAGUCUCACCGGCAGACUUCUUUAGUCAGACCCCAAAGGAAAACUCCAACUUCCAGAUCCCCGUAUCAUGUGAUACUGAUGGUUUAAUAAGCCAGGCGCUGCUGGUCGGUAACUUCGAGGGAGCCGUGGAUCUGUGUCUGAACGACGGUCGCUACGCUGAAGCCAUCCUGCUGUCCAUCAGCGGAGGAGAGGAGCUGCUCAAGAAAACUCAGCAGAAAUACUUAAGCAAUCAAAAGAACAGCAUUUCAAUGCUCAUAUCAUCAGUGGUGACGCAGAACUGGAGGGACAUCGUGCAAAGCUGUGAGUUGGACAACUGGAAGGAGGCUCUCGCCGCUCUGCUGACCUACGCUCACCCUGAGGAUUUUGCCCGUCUGUGCGAUACCCUCGGAGGUCGGUUGGAGCAGGAGAAGACAGAGAAGCGCUGCCUGCAGGCCUGUCUGUGUUACAUCUGCUCUGGAAACAUUGAGAAGCUGGUGGAGUGCUGGGCCCUGCAUAGAGACUGCUCCUCCCCUCUUGGUCUAGAGGAUCUGGUUGAAAAAGUGAUGAUGCUGCGCAAGUCAAUCGAACGCCUCCGCAACAGCGAGGUGGCGGUCCAGAGCCCCAUCCUGGCCGAGAAGCUAACCUGCUAUGCGGGCAUACUGGCUGCAGAGGGCAGUCUGGCCACUGCCAUGACCUACCUGCCUGAGAACACAGACCAACCUGGGAUCAAGAUGCUGAGAGACAGGCUGUUCCACGCUCAGGAAGAGGCUGCGGUCGCACAGCAGCCUCAGAACUCCUUCAACAGAGUCAGUGUGUCCACAGCCAAACCCACUCCUGCUGCUCAGGCUGCUGCACCAAAAGCACAAAUUAUGAGUCAGUACCAGCCCUCUGCCCCCCCCCAGGCUGCCCAACCGCAACCUCCUGUGCCGUCUUUUUUCAACCCACAAGCUCCAACCAACACUGGGCCUGGUCUGCCACCUUCCUCUCACGUACUGCCACCCAGUACGACCCGCCCUACCUUGAGGCCUUCCUACCCCCAACACCCUGCUCCGGCUCCAGGUUUUCUCCCUCAUCAGCCAUUCCAGCCUCAGCCCAUGCCCAUCGGCGGACCCUCAGGCUUCCCUCCUCCAGGUCCUUCUAUGCCAGCUGCUAACUUAUCAGGGCCAUCACUACCGCCUCCGUCAUCCAACCCCGGAGGCCUGCCCCCCAUGCCCAGCCCCGGGGUGCCACCAACAAGCUUCAUGCCGUCUACCUCUUUACCCUCAGGCCCCAUGGCGCCCAGCUCCCAACCUGGAGCUCCUGUUCCCAUGUACCCAGGGGGGCUCCACAACCAGGGGCCUGCACCCCCUAUGGCAUCUGGUCCCUUUGCCCCUCUUGGAUCAGGGUACCCACAGGGAGGCCCCGGAGCUCCUGCUGUAAAGCCCUACGCGGGCCCUGCUGUUGCUCCUCCUCCUGCAGGAUUCUUUCCCUGGCUGUGUCACCAGUCUGAUCAUCAAGGACCCCAAGAAGGCUGGAAUGACCCACCAGCGGUACGAGGUGGACCCAGGAAGAAGAAGGUCCCUGACAACUACACUCCACCCGCCCCCAUCACCGCCCCUGUGAUGGGAUUCCCUGUGGAGGCCCCUCAGCCCCACGACCACGCCCAAGUUCCUCCUGGAGCCCCCCAGGAGCCCAGCGUGCAGGUUGGUGUGUGUGACAAGGGGCUGUUAUCUGAACUCUCACAUGGCAAACACGCCAACACCUUGCGUUUGUGUCCUUGUUUUCCUCAGCUUCUUCAGCAGCUGCCAGCAGAGAGGGUGGAGCAGAAAGAAAUCCCCGCUGAACACAUGGUCCUCAAAUCCACCUUUGACAGCCUGGUGCAGCGCUGCCAGCUCGCAGCGGGAGACCCACAAACAAAAAGGAAACUUGAUGACGCAGCCAAACGUUUGGGAUACCUGUAUGACAAGCUGAGAGAGCAGUCGCUCUCUCACAACAUCCUGAACGGGCUCCACGAGAUCAGCCGCUGUGUGGCGAGCCAGAACUACCAGCGGGGCCUGGAGGUCCACACCCAGGUGGUAAGCAGCAGCAACUUCAGCGAGAUCUCCGCCUUCAUGCCGAUCCUCAAAGUGGUCAUGACCAUCGCCAACAAGCUGGGCGUCUAACCUCCCCCUCCUCCCCUCCAGCAGGGGGCAGCAGCACCAACCAGACUUCAGUGUUAUCAUAAUGUUAUAUAUGUAUUUAUUUCUUUUUGACCUGAUGACGUGCUUUGAUAAUGAGAAUAAUAACUGAUGAUAUUGCAGAUUGUGGUCUUCAUCACUCCAUACAUAUUCCUUCCUGGAGGCUGAGUUUGGGGCAGUGAGGUGGGGUUUUGUAGUCGAUGUUGCCGUGGUAAUUUUACGAUAAAAUGAAUGUACUCUGAAAGUCGUGAUUCUGUGUAAAUUCAACAGUUGAUGUAAAAUACAAAGUUUGAAUCAAGGCGGUGUUUGUACGAGUAGUUACAUUUUCAUAGUCGCCAUGACACUCUACACCCGUGUGUGUUCUCUGAUAAUCUGAUUGAACUCAUGCAGUGCUUUAACUGCAGAAAUGAAAAACAUCUCGGUCGAGAAUAAAAAUUCGGGUUGCACUUAAACUAUCCUGCUGGUGUAGUUUGUACGAGGGAGGAAACACACCAUGUUCUUUUUACUGUGUGUCAUUUCAAGCAUCAGAGAAACACUGUAACAUAAAUACUGAUUGUUCUCCGCACCUGCUGUAACAGAUUGUGUCCAGUUGAUUGUGCCAUGACGGGCGUUUGGGCCAAAGCACUGCAGAAGAAUGCCAUACAGUCAUCGUCAAGUUGCUGUUUGUUUAAACUCGUCUCCAUUUUGUGUUAACCAGGCUCUCUUAGCACUGUUACUUCCUGAUAGCUUGUGUUUGAAUGACUUUGACCUGCUUCAGUGUGCAUGUUUCCCCCGCUGAGUUCACACCACGGCAGCUCAUAAACCAAACUCACAUUAAUUUAUAAUGAACUGCAGAUGACAUCCAUGCUUUUACUCAUCUUCCCACCCAGGCUGCGUCUUAUCUUUUGUAACUCAGAAUUACUUUUUUUUUUUAAUGGUAUUUGUUUUAGAUUAGACCAUAAAUGAACAUAACUGACCUGACAGAUGAACACAUGAUAUCGUGAGGUUUGAAGCUGGACAUAAAGCUGGAUAGUUUGGUGUAUCAUGGCAGCAGAAGGCAGUAAAGUGCCUCUGUGCUCAUUUUGGUUGCACAGAUAUUUAUACAAUCCAUGUUGCUUACUUUACUCAUUUCGGUAUCUUUUUCAAAUAAAACUUCACUUCAAAGGUU